AAAAUUAACUGAAACAAGAGGAAACGUUAAAGAUGUUUUGACUAAAGGAGACAAGGAUGACAUCACUCUCUGCACAGCAGUAAUGUAUUUUAAGGGACGUCCAGUUAACUGGAAUAUCAUCUCAUGUUACUCAUCGGAUGAUUCACGCAGACUGUAAGAGUGUAGUGAUGACUGCAUCUGAGAUCACAGUCACAACACAAGACAAAGGAUUUCAACUUUCAUUCUUCAAGAUGGCAGUCGUUCCAGAGAGCAGAGUUCUUACUUUCAGCGUUUUUAAAUGGAGCUCUUAUUCCUCUACAUAUUUACCUGAAAAUAUUUUGGUGGACAAACCUAAUGAUCAGUCUUCUAGGUGGUCUUCAGAGAGCAACUAUCCCCCACAGUUUCUCAUCCUGAAGCUGGAGCGGCCCACCAUCGUUCAGAGCAUCACCUUUGGGAAGUAUGAGAAAACUCAUGUCUGCAACCUAAAGAAGUUCAAAGUGUUUGGAGGCAUGAGUGAACAGAACAUGACAGAGCUCUUGUCGAGCGGCCUUAAAAACGACUACAACAAGGAAACAUUCACCUUAAAGCACAAGAUCGAUGAGCAGAUGUUUCCCUGCCGGUUUGUCAAGAUAGUUCCCCUGAUGUCUUGGGGUCCUAGUUUUAACUUUAGCAUCUGGUACAUUGAGCUCCAUGGGGUAGAAGACCCUAGUGUGGUGCAGCCUUGCCUUAACUGGUACAGCAAGUACAGAGAACAGGAAGCCAUCCGCCUUUGCCUCAAGCACUUCCGGCAACACAACUACACCGAAGCCUUCGAGUCGCUGCAGAAGAAGACUCGGAUAGCACUUGAACACCCCAUGCUCACCCACCUGCACGACUGCCUGGUGCUCCAAGGCGACUUCGACGCCUGCGAGGAACUCAUCGACAAAGCAGUGAGAGACGGUCUGUUCAACCAGUACAUCAGCCAGCAGGAGUACAAGCCAUGCUGGAGCCAGAUCAUCCCAAAAUGUAACAAAGGUACAAGCGCCCAAGAAAUCAACCGAGACGACAUGAACAGUGACGGUGACGACAACAGGCCAGGCAUGAGAGGAGGCCAUCAAAUGGUUAUUGACGUCCAGACGGAGACUGUGUAUGUUUUCGGCGGCUGGGACGGCACCCAGGACCUGGCUGACUUUUGGGCAUACAGUGUUCAGGAGAACCAGUGGGCCUGCAUCUCUAGAGACACAGAGAAAGAGAAUGGUCCGAGUCCUCGAUCCUGCCACAAAAUGUGCAUCGACUCACAGCGGCGUCAGAUCUAUACGCUCGGCCGCUACCUGGACUCCAGCGUCCGGAACAGCAAGACCCUGAAGAGUGACUUCUACCGCUACGACAUCGACGCCAACACCUGGACACUGCUCAGCGAGGACACGGCGACAGACGGUGGUCCAAAGCUUGUCUUUGACCAUCAGAUGUGUAUGGACUCAGAGAAGCACAUGAUCUAUACAUUCGGCGGUCGUAUUCUGACGUGUAACGGCAACGUGGAGGACAGCAGGGCAUCAGAGCCCCAGUUCAGCGGCCUGUACGCCUACCACUGCCAAGGUGGCACAUGGAGCCUCCUGAGGGAAGACUCAUGUAACGCUGGGCCCGAAGACAUUCAGUCCCGCAUCGGACACUGCAUGCUCUUCCACACGAGAAAUCGCUGCCUGUAUGUGUUUGGGGGUCAGAGGUCGAAAACCUACCUCAAUGACUUCUUCAGCUACGAUGUGGAUGGGGACCACGUGGAGAUCAUCUCAGACGGCACCAAAAAAGACUCGGGGAUGGUUCCGAUGACGGGCUUCACGCAGCGAGCCACCAUCGACCCAGAGCUGAACGAGAUUCAUGUGCUGUCGGGCCUGAGCAGAGACAAAGACAAGCGCGAGGAGAACGUCCGGAACUCCUUUUGGAUCUACGACAUUGCACGCAACAACUGGUCGUGUGUGUACAAGAACGACCAGGCAGUGAAGGAGAACCCCAGCAAGGCUCUGCAGGAGGAGGAGCCGUGCCCGCGCUUCGCACACCAGCUGGUCUACGAUGAGAUGCACAAGGUGCACUACUUAUUCGGUGGAAACCCAGGGAAGUCCUGCUCUCCCAAGAUGCGCCUUGACGACUUCUGGUCCCUCAAACUCUGUCGGCCCUCGAAGGAAUACCUGCUGCGACACUGCAGAUACCUCAUCAGGAAGUACAGGUUCGAAGAGAAAGCGCUGUCAGAACCACUAAGUGCUCUCAAGUAUCUGCAGGACGACCUGUCUCUCACAGUGGAUCACACUAACCCCGAUGAGACCAAAGAGUUUCAGCUCCUGCCAUUGGCUCUGUUCAAGUCCAGCUCCGACUUCAUCCCACUUGGUUUCUCUGACGUGGACCAGACCUACGCUCAGAGGACGCAGCUCUUCGACACACUGGUCCACUUCUUCCCAGACAGCAUGACUCCACCCAAGGGCAACCUGGUAGACCUCAUCACCCUCUAGCCCCCUCCCCCACGCUACUGAUGGGACACACCGAGGGAUGUAAACAAGCGACACCACGUGUGUUUUCUCUUCCCCUCCGACAGUAACCGAGCACAUAGUUUUCAUCCUGUUGUACCAGCAGGACAUGAGUGAGGAUCCACUUCAUCCCCUCACGGUCGCCCGCUCUCCCCCAGACCUCAGUCAGUCGCUCUAAUACGGACGGGGUUUUCACAGACGAAGGAUGUGUCAGCAUAUUUCACUUCCAUCUGCUGCCUCUUGAUCACUAGUGUUUCUCAUCAGCACCAGGGAAGAGUGAAGUGCUGAGUCGACCUUUCGCUCCAAAACACGCCAUUACGUGUUCAGGAUUCACACGUUUGUACAGACUGUUUGAUGCCACCAUUCACUGCCAAGACGUCUGAUGUUAGCUUCGCAGCUAACCUGCUGUACCGAACUUUCUAUUCCAAUUAAAGUUGCAGAAAUGACUUUUAAAGAUUGAGUUGCCACGAUCACGGAAGAGACGUGAAAACGCUUGCUGCAGUCUGAGCAAGCUAGCAUGCUCAAACGAAGAUUCCCACCUGAUGUCCGUAUUUACAACCAAUUUAGCUUCAGCUAUCAAAGCAUCGAUGAGGCAGACUUUGUUUUACUCUUUCUCAAGGUGCUACACUCUUCUUUAGCUGUUCCUCCAUCGUAGCGUCUUUGUCAAAUGUAACAGGUGACGUGACACUCACUCGUCUCAGGAAACAUGCGCGACACCUAAUGUCUCUUCACAUCCCCAACCUAAACACGCUUUAAAAUGGCAAAACUUUCAUGCAAACUCAUAUGCUGUGUUAACCACGGCGCUAAUAUAUUUACCGUGACACCUUCGUCUCUCGUCUAAAACAUCCGUCAUUCGUUGUCUAUGUCGAUGGCUAGCGUUGUGGCUGGAAACGACACACGCUAAUGGUUGGCAUUGCAAAUCGAAAACAUUAUCCAAAUGACUGUUAUAUAACAGAAAUGUGUCGUCAAAGUUAGCUGAACAGAGAAACAACAAAGCACUGAGAGUCUGGAUCGCGUGCGAGAGUCGAAAAGGAGUUUCAUGUAUAUGCGCUUACAAUACAUUAAUGCUGACUCAUGCCAAGCAAAAACUUGAACUGGUGUUAAUAAUGGUUGUGCUCACUCAUGCUAGCUAUGCAGCGAUCACACAGCUUAAACGUAGCACGAUGCCGCUAUGAUCGUCAAUACACGUCCGAUCCUGCAUGCUGGCUUGCUGAAUUCUUUUAAAUAUUAUUAUAUAUAAUUAUAACAUUUUCCUUGUUUGUUCAUGCAGAAAAAUGUUCUGAGGGCCAUUUGAAGUACCUCGCCAGGUGACUAAGUGGAAUUAAUAAGGAGUUAAAUUAAAAAAAAAAAUGCACUAAACUGUUUUUGCCGACUCAUGCUUAUUAGCUUUCAACAUGCUAAAGUGUUAAAUAUGAAACAGAAGCAAACUGUUAAGUAGUCGAUAGAUCCACGUAUGUGAAAUCAGAGUGCUGACUUAUGCUAAGCCAUGGCUACUUUUGGUACCAAAUCAAAACAGCGCAAGACGUCGAAUGACAGCAAGCAGACAAACUCAAGUGCUACAAUGACUCAUGCCAAGCUGUUGGACUCUGUUUUUGCUUGGUAAUGCUACUGCAGACGGCAGAACACCAACCGAAUUAUCUAAGUGAAUAUUGAGGCUGAGCCAGCUACGUUUGGUUUGGCUCUGGGUGCCACUUUCAUUUUGUUAAGUGUAAAAGACCUUCUCUGCUUUCUGUCUUUGGGUGAAGACAAAUGUGCUGACUCAUGUUUUGUGUGUGAAGCCGAGAGAAAAAAAAAAAGCCAAAUGAAUUUGUCAUUGAUAUUGUCACUUCCGAGUAAUGACAGAUUAGAUUUCUUUAACUUGGUGGUCAGCCCGGGUGGAGCUAAGGAGCGGGAAGGAGCUGGUACUGUCCGUGAAUGUGUAGAAAACAAACGUUGCCAUGUGUGUAAUAAUGUACAUAAGAAAUAAAGAUUGUAUUUUGUUCAACAGCG